AUGUCACCAAAGACACUACCUCUGUUGCUGGUGGUGGUGGUGGUGGUGGUGAUAGCCUGGCCUCUGGCAGUACAGUCCGCGCCCCCCACCUGCUACUCUCGGAUGCUGACCCUGAGCCGUGAGAUCAUGGCAGACUUCCAGAGCCUGCAGGCUGCAGAGCCUGAGGAUUCCUGUGUGAGGUACUUGCCCCGGCUUUACCUGGACAUCCAUAACUACUGUGUGCUGGCCAAGCUGAGAGACUUCGUGGCUUCUCCUCAGUGCUGGAAGAUGGCCGAAGUGGACACUCUGAAGGACAGAGUGCGGAAGCUAUAUACCAUCAUGAACUCCUUCUGCAGGCGGGACUUGGUAUUCCUCUCAGAUGACUGCAGUGCCUUAGAAUACCCAAUUCCCGAGGCCACGGGUCCUCCAGACUGGCAGAGCUAAGCAGGUGGACCAGAAGAACAACCCAGAGAGCACCUGCUGUGAUGCACCUUCCCAUGAUGCAGUUGUUGAUUCUUCUCCAUCAAGCCCAUGUCUCAGUCUGCUUCACCCUACAUGUAUA